AUGCAAAUGCCCUUCUGUUGGGACCGCCGGAGCCCGGCUCAUGCGCCGGAGAACCACAUCGCCAUCAAUGGCACCGUGGUCGUGUCCUGCCACUUGGGCCUGUCGUCGCCGGGGAAGACCACCACGCUUCGACUCUUCAGCAGCACGCAGAUGGAUCCCAACACGGGGAAGGGGAAGCUGAGCGCGGAGGCGCCGCUCAAGGGCGGCAAGAAGACCAAGGCGAAGCAGGGCGCCGUGAAGACGAGCACCAUGACGUACCAGGUGACCUUCUUCGUGGACGCCGAGUUCGGCACGCCGGGCGCCGUCGUUGUCAAGAACGGGAUGAGGAACGACCAGUUCUUCCUCCGCCACGUGCAGCUGGACAUGCCCGAGGCCGGCCGGAGCAUCCACUUGGACUGCAACUCCUGGGUCUACCCCUACAAGAAGACCAACGCGGACCGCGUCUUCUUCAUCAACACGCGGCCGCGGCGAGCGCAGGACUGGGAGCGCGUCUACGACUACGACUACUACAACGACCUGGGCAACCCGGACAAGGAGGACCAUGCCCGCCCGGUGCUUGGCGGCAUCACCUCCAUUACUAGUCUUGAAACGACUGAAGACGGCGUGACGGAGACGCGCAAGCACAUGAUCAACCUCGACUUCUACAUCCCGCCGGACGAGCGGUUCAGCCCGACCAAGCUGGCGGAGGUGCUCACGCUGGCGGUGCAGGCCGUGACGCACUUCGUGCUCCCGGAAUCUAAGGCGCUGUUCCAUGGCAAUAUCAACAGCUUCCGGUCGUUUGAGCAGCUCAAGGGCGAUCUGUACAGAAUGCCCCAGCAGCCGGUCGCCGUGGAUGGGCAGGUGAUGGACAAGCUCAAGACGUCGGUGCCGUCGCACAAGACCUACAAGCAGGUGUCCAAGAUGGUCAAGGAGACGCCCGUCAACUUCCCCAUCCCUCAAGUCAUCGAGCAUGAACCAGAGGCUUGGCGUAGCGACGAGGAAUUCGCGAGGGAGAUGCUGGCUGGGCUCAACCCGGUGGUGAUCAAGAGACUAGAGGUGUUCCCGCCGGUGAGCAGAGGAGGCAAGGAGAGCUCCAUUACCGCCGCGCAUAUCGAGAGGCAGCUCGAAGGACGAACGGUCCAGAAGGCAUUAGAAGAGAAGAGGCUGUAUAUUCUUGAUCACCAUGACUACCUGAUGCCGUACCUGCGGCGCAUCAACACGCAACAAGGGGUGUGCGUCUACGCGUCGCGCACGCUGCUCUUCCUCAAGGACGACGGCACCCUCAAGCCUCUCGUCAUAGAGCUCAGCCUGCCCAGUGACGGCGCCGGCGACGGCGAGAUCAGCAGGGUCUUCCUCCCUGCGAGCCAAGGCACCGAUGGCCAUCUGUGGUGGCUUGCUAAGGCUCAUGUCUCCGUCAAUGAUUCAGGCUACCAUCAGCUCAUCAGCCACUGGCUGUUCACGCACGCGACGGUGGAGCCGUUCAUCAUCGCCACCAAGAGGCAGCUGAGCGCCAUGCACCCCAUCCACAAGCUGCUGGAGCCACAUUUCAAGGACAACAUGCAGAUCAACACGCUGGCCAGGAGCAUCCUGCUCAGCGCAGGAGGCAUCCUGGAGAGGACCAUGUUCCCGGGGAAGUACGCCAUGGAGAUGUCCUCGGCAAUCUACUCCGAGUGGAGGUUCACCGACCAGUCCCUGCCCAACGAGCUCGUCAAGAGGGGGAUGGCGUCCAAGGAUCCCCGGACCACCGAUCUGCACCUGCACGUGGAGGACUACCCGUACGCGGUGGACGGCAUGGACGUGUGGCGCGCCAUCGACGGCUGGGUGCGGAGCUACUGCGCCCACUUCUACCACUCCGAUGCCGCGGUGGCCACCGACGCCGAACUGCAGGCGUGGUGGCACGACGUGCGCACCGUAGGCCACGGUGACCGCCAGCUCGACCCGGCGUGCUGGCUGGAGCUCGACACCGUGGCCAACCUCGCCGAGUCGCUGUCCACGCUCAUCUGGAUCGCCUCCGCGCUGCACGCCGCCGUCAACUUCGGCCAGUACGGCUACGCCGGGUUCAUGCCCAACCGGCCCACCCGGUGCCGCCGGUUCGUGCCGCUGCCGGGGUCCCCGGAGAUGGCGCAGCUGGAGGCCGACCCGGACAGGUUCUUCCUCGACACGGUGCCCGACCGCUUCACCACCACGCUCGGGCUCACGCUCAUCGAGGUGCUCUCCAGCCACACCUCCGAGGAGCUCUACCUGGGCCAGCGCGCCACCGCGGCGUGGACGGACGACGGCGAGGUGCUUCAGAUGCUCGACAGGUUCCGGGACGAGCUCCGCCGGGUGGAGAAGCGGGUCACGGAGAGGAAUAGGGACUUGCGGCUCAAGAACCGGAAGGGACCCGCCAAGGUGCCGUACACGCUGCUGUUCCCGGACGUUGGCAACGUCGGCGGCAAGGAGAAGGGGAUCACCGGCAAAGGGAUACCCAACAGCGUCUCCAUGUGA